UGUGUAAAAUAUUACUUGGGUAUGAAAUAAUAAUAUAUUUACAUUUGAAACUCAGAGAGAAUGAUCAGUCAGUGAUUUUGCGAUAUCGGUAGUGAAUCUCCCCUGUGGAGUGAGCCAGCAUGGCCUCUGCCCCAGCACAGCAGCCCACGCUCACUGUAGAGCAGGCGAGAGUUGUUCUUAGUGAGGUGAUCCAGGCUUUCUCCGUGCCUGAGAACGCAGCACGCAUGGAGGAAGCCAGAGAAAGCGCCUGCAACGACAUGGGCAAGAUGCUGCAGCUUGUGCUUCCUGUGGCCACUCAGAUCCAACAGGAAGUCAUCAAAGCAUACGGCUUCAACAAUGAAGGAGAAGGUGUUCUCAAAUUCGCCCGGCUGGUGAAGGUGUAUGAAACUCAGGACCCAGAGAUCGCAGCCAUGUCAGUGAAACUCAAGAGUCUCCUACUGCCACCUCUCUCCACUCCUCCCAUUGGCAGUGGCAUCCCGAGCUCAUAGAACAGCGCAAACUCCCAGUUCAUCAAGUUCAAAACCGUUUCAACUAUAAAAAUUGUCUACUGCAAACACAUUCAGGUUUUCCCAUUUUAGUCAGUUUUAACACUUCUUUCAAGGGUGAUUUAAACUGAGAUGAAGUUCAAAUUGCACCACAGAAGAAUAUUUGAAUAAAAAGAAAACAAGUUAUUGGUGAACUUAUACAUUCUCAUUUUCUGUCUGUGAAAUUAGUAUUCAAACCAUGGUCUUGCUCACACAUUUAUUUUUUGUAUUCAUAUCCAUUUUGCCAUGCUGAAUGUGCAUAUUUAUCAAGCGUAACACUAAUUUGUUGAUGCCUUUUGAUAUGACAUGUUGAAUGUGCAUAUUUAUCAAGCGUAACACUAAUUUGUUGAUGCCUAAUUGCUCAGACCUUCUUGGUGGUUUUUAAAGCUUUUUAUACAGUUCGUAUUUAUUAUUGUCUCAUUUGGUCAUAUAAUCAUAAGUGAUAACCUGUGACAUUGUUCUUGUGAUCAUUACUGUUUGAAAAACUGAUUAGUGUCACAUAAACAGUGUUCACCAAUAAAGUAAUUUUUUACUUAAUGGAAAAGUGUUUGUUAUCAUGAAAUGACCGUGCUUUUAUUAAUGUCUUUCUCAGUAUUUUAGUUUUCUUUGUCUUAGUCAACAAAACAGCAUUAAGGCCAAUGAGUCCACAUUCCAAGUUGGGACAGACUGCUUCAGUGGUGUGCUGUGAGCUGGAGUCGUUUACAGACUCAAAAUGAUUCAAAUUUAAGCCAAUGGUCUGCUGCUGAAACAAAUCCACCUGAUGAUAGAGAAUGUUUUAAAUGUGGACAGAAAGGGCAUCUUGCCCGUGUGUCACAAAUCCGGUCCGUAUUCUUCCGUCUGCUCGGCACCAGAGGUCGCCUUCUGAUUAUAUUGACUCUCACACUAAACAGACUUCCACAUGUCACUGAUUACGUUUACACCUGCAGCCAAUUACACCCACUAUACGAAUCAGUCUCAAACAACCAUUCACUGCCGAGUAUUGUAUGCAUGUAUCACUGUUCUGCUGAUAGCAUUAUUACGGAGCCAGUUUCCUAGUUCAGUCAAGUCAUUGCCCUGUCUAGGAUA